UUUAUCUCAUUCAGUGUUUUGUGGGAGGGUCUCUAAUUAAACUAGUUAGUGAAGUUUCUUUUGGUUCAGUAUGAAUUUUGUAGUAGUAAAAGCAACAGCUAUCUUCCUAAUUUUGGCUCUUACUGUGGUCGAGCCUAAGCCUGUUCCGGAUGCUAGAAAGAAGCGGUCUAAUACUGAGAAAUUGAUCAACUCAUUGGCGAGUCAGGAUCUUGUGACCAACCUGCCUGGCCAGCCUGCUGUAGACUUCCGGCACUAUGCUGGCUAUGUCACUGUCAAUGAAACAAAUGGCAGGGCUCUCUUUUACUGGUUUUAUGAGGCUGCUACUAACCCAGAUCUAAAACCUCUUGUUUUGUGGCUUAAUGGAGGUCCUGGGUGCUCUUCUGUGGGAUAUGGAGCAACCCAAGAGAUUGGUCCAUUCAUAGUGGAAACUGAUGGCCAUGGACUUAGAUUUAAUAACUACUCAUGGAAUAAAGAGGCCAACAUGCUGUUCUUGGAAUCUCCAGUUGGGGUUGGCUUUUCAUACUCCAAUACAACUACUGAUUAUGAUAAUCUCGGAGAUGCCUUUACAGCAAAUGAUGCAUAUGCGUUUCUGCACAAGUGGUUUCUCAAGUUCCCAUCAUACAGAACAAGAACCUUCUACAUUGCAGGGGAGAGUUAUGCAGGAAAAUAUGUUCCGGAGCUGGCCGAGCUCAUCAAUGACAAGAAUACAGAUCCUUCCCUCCAUAUUGAUCUCAAGGGAGUCCUGCUGGGUAAUCCUGAAACCUCAGAUGCUGAGGAUUGGAGAGGUAUAGUGGAUUAUGCUUGGAGUCAUGCUGUGAUAUCAGACGAAACUCACAAAGUUAUACGCGAAAACUGUGAUUUUGACGGUGAUACUUGGAGUAAUAAGAUCUGUGCUCAAGCUGUGGAUGAAGUACUAAAACAAUACAAGGAGAUAGACAUUUACAGCCUUUAUACCUCAAUCUGCAUCGGUGAUACAGCAAGUUCAAAUGAUGGUUCGAUGCAAGUAAUGAUGAUGAAGCACACAUCUACAAUGAUGCCAAGAAUUAUGGGUGGCUAUGAUCCGUGUCUGGAUGAUUAUUCAAGAAAAUUCUAUAACAGAGCAGAUGUGCAAAAGGCCCUCCAUGUUAGUAAUGGUCCCCAGCUCAAGAACUGGAGCAUCUGCAGUACCAAAAUAUUUCAUGAGUGGGUUGAUUCAAAGCCAUCUGUUCUUCCUAUAUACAAGAAACUCAUUGCAGCAGGAAUGAGAAUAUGGGUGUACAGUGGAGACACGGAUGGAAGAGUUCCUGUGCUGUCCACGAGAUAUAGCAUAAGUGCUCUGGGACUGCCUAUUACAAAAGCAUGGACACCGUGGUACCACCAAAAGCAGGUGAGUGGGUGGUUUCAAGAAUAUAAGGGGCUUACAUUUGCAACAUUCAGAGGAGCCGGGCAUGCAGUUCCUUGCUUCAAACCAAGCAACUCACUGGCUUUAUUCACCUCUUUUCUGCUUGGGGAAUCUCUGCCUUCUGCUCGAUGAUUAAGUGAUUGUCACAGUACUAGUGAUGAUAACUGAUAACGGAGAUCGUCCCAUAUCCAAAUUUACGGCGCAAGAAGAUUUUGCUCGAUCUUAGUCAUAGUAGAUACUAUAGGCAAACCAAGUAGAAGUCCAUAGCCAAAUAGAGAAUGUAAAACCCUUUUAAUCUCUAUCUAAAAUAAGGCCCUUCCUGGCAAGAAAAUCAAGGGUUAAUAAUGGCUAUGGUGUUGUUGGUUAAUGGUUAUAUAAUAUUUAAAUGAAUAUUCCUAA